AUGGGCAAAGCAUUUCGCAACAUCACAGUCGCCUCGACUGGCGACUUUGGCGACAAGACAGACAAGAUCAAGAACUGGGUCGAGCAUGCCGGUGGCACGUUCUCCAAGGAUGUCACACCGAGCGUCACUCAUCUUGUCACCAGCAAGAAGGCGUGGAAGAGGUAUCAUCCCAUGGUUCAAGCCGCCCGCCGCCUGAAAACCAUACACAUCGUCAGCCUCGACUGGUUGGAAGAUAGUUUGACCAUGACGAAAUCGCGCAGACCCCUCAACGAGACAAGGUAUUGCUAUGAGAAGAAGGGGAAGAUCGUCAAGGUGCCCAAGGUGCCGCGGAAACGAGCUCGCGCAAAGAAGGACAGCUCCACUACCGCCGCCAGGACAUCGCGACGAGAUUGCACGCAGAUCGACAGUGGAAGCACGACACAACUGACUCCGAAGAAGAAAAAGAAGCAGCAACAGGAGCAACGUUCACGCGGGGGAGGAGAGAAGGAUCGAAAGGCGGGAGAGGUGCAUUGUCCAAAGGACCAGCGUGUCGAGAUGACCGGUACGGAAUACGAGGCUGAGUGCGAUGAAUUCGUCAGGGAGAUGGGUACUAACGGAUACCGUCCUUUCAUCGAUUCCAAAGGGUUUAUCUACCUUCUCACGCUCGUGAGGAAGGACAUUCUCCAGAACCGACUCGAAAAGCAUAGACUCAAGGUGCGUUAUGCAUCUUGUGUCUCUUCCGUCUCAUCGUCAUCUUCUUGCUCUGUCUUGUCAUCCACAUCAUCGGGCGAUUGCGUCACAAACCCGACACCAUCAACAACGUACCCCCUGACCAACCAAGAACCUCAAGAUUGGUCGAAGCUCUCCAACGAAGAGGUGCGCAGGAUCCAUGAACAUCUGCGAGUCUCGGAACCUUCUCAAACGAACAUUGUGGAUGGCCAUGAGACUAUUGCCGUACCAAAGGCAUACAUGCCGUCGUACUCGGUGGCAAAUUUCAUACCAUCACUUCCUUACUGUCCUGUACCGUUGUAUCAUUUUCCCAAGCCUUUCCCCUUUUGCAAGUACCCUGUCAUCGCAAGCAGUCUACCACGAUCCCUGCAGCCAUCCAAUCCGAAUUUGAAGGUUCAUAUUCCGAACCCAUGGGCUCAGAGUUUGCAGCUUUUCGAAUUCGAUCCAAACUUGCGAUUCACGACGAGAACACACACAGACUCCGUCGCAGGUCUCAACGCUGAGAUCCCAAGAAUCAAGUCGUAUGCAUGUUACAGCAUCUACGUCCGUCCCGGACAUCGAUAUGUCACCCAGCUUGCGCCUCCGGGAAGUACAUUCGACUUUGCGUUCACCAUGUUCAACAAGUUCUUCCAGAAAAGAGUUGGUGUCAGCUGGGACGACCGUGAAAGUCUUCGGGAGAUGGCACAGGCGAACAGAUCCGAAGACAAAAUAGCACUCCAGAGUGAUGGUACUUCGGAUGGUCGCCUAUUCAAGUUCUUUGGUCCAAGAGUGAUGAAAGACAAUGGCAUGGAUCAGCUUGGGGAGGGGGAGGUCAAGGGUGUCGAAGAUCGGGUGCGUAAGCCCAGUGUAACCAUUCUGGUAAACCCGGCCGAGAACCAACCGAUGGAUGAGGUAGAGGCCAGAGCCAUGACACCUGAAGGAGGCUGGUGA